AGCGUUUAUCCAAAGUCUCGCUGCUAACUAUGAGAAAAGCAUAGAUCACUUAGAUAGCGGUCCCGGCGUCAUUACGAGUAAGGCAUCACUGUACAACGAGGCGCCAUUCUUGUAUAACAAGGCAGCACGUAUGCAAUACGCAUCGACUUGAUUAUAUAUAUUCCUGUAAAACUCAAUCUAUCUGACAGAGACAGAGGCAACCUAAGGACAGUAGAAUGAUCUAGAUGCAGUUGUAGACUUUAAUAUUUAUGAAGUUUCUCUUAUUUAUGAGACCAACAAACUCUCCCCGCUGACGUCAAAGUUAACUAGCUGCAUUUGUUGGACUGCAUGUAGAGCAGCUACCGGUCAGACGGUCUGCGGCGAGGCUCAGCGCUAAUUUCUGCCAAUCCGGUGCUUGAGGCGCAGGGCUGCGGCGGGUGCCCAUCUAAAUCUAAAUCUUAAUCUAAAUCUAUUUAUGAAGUGCGGGAUGAGGAAUGACAAGCACUAUUUAUGAAGUUCUUUGCAAAGCCCUACGUUGGUCUUAUUUAGGAAGCUGGAAGAAGGUCCAAAAGCAGAGUGGUUUCUAUUUUUGUUAUGACUACGGAGGUGGACUGAACUGAACUGGACGAUGGGGCUGCGUUUUUGUAUUAAGUAUGUUGAGCCUCUCUCUGGCCAGGCGUCGUUGUUGUGUCUUCAGAACUUUUAGGGGGCGUAGUACUAGAGAAUUUCUGAGCAUGAAUGAGAAGUCAUGCUUCGGGCGACCACGUCGAGGGCCUCCUUCCAGGUGAUUAUCCACCAAGAAAAUAUGACACACAUCGAUCGCACAGAAAAGCAUGCAGAGAAAGGCGAAGUGGUCUCACGAUACUCAGCACUUACUCGAAAACUGAAACUAAGCGAGUAGCUAACUGAAAACCGAAUAUGUGAGAAGAUUGCUCUUUUCAAUUACUCGCUUAUUUCAGUUUUUCGAAUCAUAUUUAGUACAUGACACACGUUCAAUUCAUGAUUUCAAUUUGCUCUGAUUGAGCAUUUUGAAGUUUUGGUCGCCAAUCUAGUCCAUUCAGCGUUAAAAUUGUUUUCAAGCGCAGAUCAGUGAGAGGCUACCAAAUGAAUCUGAAUCAAACACGCAACACGUGCGUGGCGAUAAGGUCGCGCGCGAACAUAAUAAUAAUGAUAGUAACACGUACAGCGGGUGCGUUUUAUCAUUGAGUUUUUGGAAGUAAUUAGUGAAAGUGAUCAUGCAGCACUAUGACAAGUGUAGAAAAUUCGUACCAUUGAUGAGCAAGAAAAUUUAUACCAUCGGUUGCAUCGCAUUCUUGAAUUGAAGGCGCCAAAGAUGCAAAUCCAUCACUAUCAUUCAACUAAUCCGCAAACUGCAUUGACACUCAAUUACAACAGCAGUAUUUGACAUUCUUGUUCUUGCAUACUACUUAGAGAAAUGAGUCGUCGUUGACGGAGCUUCUUUCACUAAGAAGCUUGCUAUUCGAAAUUUUUCGACAAGAGCUGUGUUCUCACCUCCAUUUGCAGUUGCAUAUUUGCAACAGAAGAAUCCAAAUACCGAAGGAAGAUGAUCAUUCCAAAGAAGAUGCUGGAAGAACUUCCUCAUCUCGCUUAUUGUGCAGCGUUGGAAUAUGCAUGCAAGCUGAGGAUCUUCAACGUCGUGCUGAAAAGGAAUAGUAAUCUUUUAAACUUUUGAACCUUAAAUCUUCCAACUUCUUGUUCAGGCUUUGCGUGUGUGAGAUGUUUUUACUCAUGAAUGUGUCUCUUUCCAGGGUCCUAUCCAUUCUCUUGCUGAUACUUGGAAAGAAUGGAACCUUGCUGACAGUGAAACUAAGUACUUGAGACGAACCAACGGAUGAUGAUCUCUCUGUAGGCAGCAUCAACGACCCAUGCUCCUUCCAGAUUUCUCCUUCUUUUAUCUUCAUCAUUCCAAAUGUAGCUCAGGAAGAUAUCGUUUUCUUUCACAACUCCGUCCCUAUCCAUUGGAGCUUUAUUUGUUGAUCAUGUUUCAGUAUCGCUAUUGAUGAUAGAUCCAGUUUUACUUUUAGAUCAUGAUCGAGUUGUUUUGAUUGUAGACCCAAGUAGCUUUCGCAGGUGGUUUCUAGAUCUCUCUUCAUUCAUUCAUCAGGAAGAUUCAUCAUCAAGAAGAUGUCUUCAGACUCCAACGUACCGUCCUCCAAUGCUGGGAAAAAUGGGGGUGGAGCCACCGGUGGAGGAGGCGGCGCUUCUUCUUCCUCAGCUAAUAGUAAGCAGGAAUUUUCAGUGGCUGAGUUUGCCAAUAAUGCGGCUGCGGCGCAGCGUAAAGCCAAGCAAAUGGGAGCACAGAUGGAGGAGACGUUUUUCCAAGGAAGUGGAGGUGACGACAUGGACCUCAAAGAAAGGGAAAUCAAGGUAGCAUGGGAUAGCAAAGUGCAGGAACGAGAGGGCGUCACGAAAGACGUUUUCGGUAGACGAGCGUGGGAUAAGUUAUGGAACCUCAUGAUCCUUUCAAUCGUUCUUAUACAGACUUGUAGAAAUUCUUUAUUGAUAACACCUGUAAAAGUAAGUAGACUCUCAGCAUCAUUAUUGAUAACACCUGUACCACCUCUCAUCUUCAGCCGGCCUCAAUUCAAAACUCUUCAUCAAGAUUUUUUCGUGUUUCUUCAUCUACUACGAAGUACAUAUAUUUAUUGCUCUAUAAUUUCAAACACAGCAUCCUUUUUAAUAUCAGAUUUAGCGUAAAUGUAUGUCUAGUACUAGAAGCUUGUUCCACCUCCUCUAGAAGUAGCUUGUUCAACAUCUAAUUUAAACGAGGAUUAUCUCGUCAUCGUCACGUACUAAGCUUCUCUAGGAGCUUGUUAUUCCACAUCUAAUAAAGGAGCAUUAUGAGCAGUUGGCGUUGAAGAAAGCCGAGGAAGGAUCGGAUGGUUCUGAUGGUGAGGGAAACGCGGUCCCGAUUCCUGCUAGUCAGAGAUUGUACCUGCAGAGGCGCAAUGAGCGUCUCCACACGGAAGCAAAUGUGGGCAAGACUAUCAUGCAAACAGAUGCCACCUACGACGCCGAGAAAGGAGGGUAUUGGUGCCCUCUGUGCAAGAAGUUGAUGAAAGACAACUUGUCCUGGCUGGAUCACUUGAACGGCAAGAAGCAUCAGCGGAUGAUGGGCAUGAACAUGGUGGUGAAGCCUGCCACGUUAGAGGAAGUAAUGGACCGAAUAGACGAAAUGCGUAGAAAAAAGCUGCGGAAAAGAGGCAAACUACACCUGUUGAGAGUGCAGAAUGGUGGAGGAGCGGCUACGGCGGCUAUUGCGAAUGGAACAGUUAAGAUUUCAUGAGAAAGCGCUCUUCUUCACGUUAUCAACUCACAUUCAUCUUCAUCGCUGUAGACACAGGAGUAAAAAUGAUAGUUUUUAUCCGGGUUAGAAUGAAUAAUUUUUCAUUUGGUCAUGUUCGUCCACGCACAGUAGAAAGAUACUGAUGAUAAAUUGCCAUUUUACAACAUCAACAGUACUAGAGUUCUUCUUUUUUUCACCAAUUCACUUCUGUGUACUAAAUAAAACCAUAGUGAUAUUUUUGUCAAGUCCGCUCAGGCUUCUUCACUGCAUUCUCGUAAGUCUCAGUCUUCGCAACUGUUCAGUGUGAAUUCUCGUACGCAGUCUUCUUCACUUGGUAACUGCUUCUGUUACUGAGUACCAGUUCCUCCUCUCCGUCUAACUCGAGCGACCCUCUCGCCUCGCUCGACGAUCUGGGACCCGAUGUCUGUGCGCCGGUCCCCGAGCACCUGCUCGGUGCAGACGCUGAACAUGCGGCGCCAGCAACUGCGGAAGACAUUUUAGCCAAGAUGAAGAAAUACGAGGACACUGCGGAACUCAAAGCUGAAGACCGAAAGGAGAGAAAGCGAAGAAAGCGGGAGAAGGCAGCAGCGGAAGCGGAGGAACAAGUGCAGAUGGAGGAAGAGGAUGAAGAGACGAAGAUGAUGCGAGCCAUGGGCUUGCCGGUGGGAUUUGGAGGAAUGAAAUGAGAUUGGCUUUAUUUUGUGGCAGCGCUGUCCUGUAUUCGGGACUGUUUCGUCUCAUGUGGAACUUUUUUGACUAUGAUCUAAGGUUUCCACGCUUAUUUGGCUUAUAGAUACUAUGUUGACUUGAUGUAGCUACAUGCUGGGCUUGUACUAUCACUAGUAGGACUGAUCAUGCGAGACAAUCCAUCAACUCUCUUCUAAUAACAAAAAUUGUACUUCUGAAGAUGGACCACGUCAGCAUUCAUUCAUGUCUGAAUGUUACUGUGAAUGCUUCAUCAUCCUCGCAGCAGGACCAGAGACAUCAAAUGGACUGUGCCUACUACGCUGUAGAUUCCAACUUGCCAACGCUUGGUGAAAAACCCUUCUACGACGACAAAAUCCCUGAUACUGUAACCCCUUUCCCAGAUGACUGCUCCAAAAGCAAUACCACGACAGAAAAAACGAUACUGGUAAGGGAGAGUCGCAUGUUCUCGCGAAAAUGCUUCUUUUUUUUGUGAUGUUCAGCUUGCUUGUUCGUAUCAUCAUGCGUUCUUUAAGAGGCUUGCCUUGUUGCCCAUGAUCCCAGUUCAACAGAGAGGUCCAACCGCUAGUUAACCUCGAAACAACGACAACAACAACGACCUAGUAACAUGUUAGAAACAACCAAUCAUCAGAUCAGUGUUAAAGCCAGCAAAACGACUAAUAUCGACUUCAUUGUGAUGUGGCCCGCG